AUGAAAAAACUGGGAUUGGAGAUGCACCAGAAGAACCUGUGCCCAAGAGAGGAGCUGUGUCUGCAGUUUGGAAGUAUUUAUGGUCAGAACUGGGGUGUGGCAUAUCCUGAUAGUAUCUGUGCCCUGAAGGGUUCAUCAGUAACCAUGUCCUGCUCCUACACAUAUCCCAAUGAUAAUACAGUUGAAAGAACUUUCUGGACAAAAGGUGAUGGUUAUGAUCCCCCUGAUUUGUCAGAAGACCCAGGUUAUAAAGGCAGGGUUCAUUACCUUGGAGAUAAACAGUCAGACUGUACCAUGCAACUGAUUCAUGUGACUCAGACAGAUUCAAGGAUGUAUCGAUUCAGAUUUAUUACAGAUAAGGACAAGUGGCUUGGUCAACCUGGAGUUCAACUGUCAGUUACAGACCUACAGGUGGAGACUCCAGAGAGAGUGAAGGAGGGUGAAACAGUCACUCUGAAAUGUAGAACCACCUGUUCUCUGAGUAACACCCCGACCUUCAUUUGGUAUAAAAAUGGGCAUGAUUUAACAAGGAAAAACAUGAAGAACAAUGAACUCUCUCUCCAGUCAGUCAGCUCUGAGGAUAGAGGCAGUUAUAUGUGUGCUGUACAAGGUCAUGAGAAUCUUCCCUCUCCUGCUGUCACUCUCACUGUCAUAUAUCCUCCAAAGAAGACCACAGUGUCAGUCAGUCCCUCUGGUGAAAUAGUGGAGGGCAGUUCAGUGACUCUGACCUGCAGCAGUGAUGCUAAUGCACCACAGAUAAACUACACCUGGUAUAAAGACAGUGUAACUUUACCCGUAGGAUAUGGACAGAGUUACAUCAUCAACAACAUUCAGUCCAGUAACAGUGGACUAUACUACUGUGAGGCCCAGAAUAAACAUGGCUCUCAGAGAACCACUGCUGUACCAAUCACACUGAAAGGUAUGGAAACUGUCACUGAUGUUGUCAUAUAA